AUGUAGCAUUGACUAUACGGCGCAUGCGUGCAACUGUUUUCUGAUGAACAAGGAAGUGUAAUCGAAUUGUAUCCUUUUUCUGGACUUUUACAUCGGUUAUACGCAAGCUCUUAAAUGGCCAUCGACUGGAUUGGAUAUGGCUAUGCUGUGGCCAUCUUGCUGGGAGGAUAUAUGGGAUACAAGAGAAAAGGCAGCGUCAUGUCUCUGAUGGCCGGCUUGGUCUUUAGUGGACUGUCUGCUUAUGGCGCUUACAACAUCUCCAACAAGCCCACCGACAUCAAGGUGUCUCUGUUCGCCUCUGGGCUCCUUGCGGUGGUCAUGGGGACCAGGUACAAGAAGUCAGGCAAACUGGUGCCAGCUGGAAUUAUGACGGUUCUAAGUUUGUUGAUGGUGUUCCGACUUUUGCUCCAGAUGGUGGUGUGAUUGAAGAGAGGAUACAGACGAGCAGUUUUACAUGAUACAUGAUUCCGAGUUUGAUUUUGACAACACAAAUCAAACAUUUUUUACUUUAUGACCAUUUUGCUUGAAUUCCAAGCAGCGUCAUGCUUUGCAAGAAUCUAGAGAGGGGCCGCCGGGGAGCCUAUGGCGAGCAUCUGAUCCUGCCCGCCAUGAAAAAACAGCAAUGCUAAAAAAAAAAAAAAAAAAAAAAGAACUGACACAUGCUCACAACAAAGAAAAAAUAUACAUUUGUUUGAUUGUAGCACCAGAUUUUUAUAGAAAGAUGUACUAAGGCCCUCAGAGGACCUUAUAAAAAUCAAUUGCCUAUUCCUCGGGGGGAAAAAAAGUUUCAGCAGACCUGCUUCAAUAUGUAAUUGGAAUAGUACAAGAAUUCAUAUUUAAAUUUUGGACGACGAGAAAAUGUCUGAGAUGGAGACUGUCUUCAGCGAUGUUUGAACAACAGCUAAAUAGAUGUUAUAAAUACAUAAAUUAAAUCAUAAAUCACAGAGGAAACUGCGUCAUUGAUUUCCUAAUGGACCAAGAGACUUUGACUGAACAAACCACCGCAGCAUGAUUUGUUUGGUUAAAUAGUGAAAUCAAUAAAUGGUGCAAUAUUU